GGCGGGAACAGCAGCGCCCUCAGUGGGGGGAGGCAGCGCCCGUGCGAAUUGCGCAGGCGCCGCCGCGCGGUCACGUGGCGGAGCAGCAAGAUGGCGGCGCGCGGAGUGUGAUCGAGGAGCCCCCCUGAGCCCUCAGUGUGCCCGGGCCCGCCCGCGCCAUGGUGACGGAGCAGGAGGUGGAGGCCAUCGGCCGCACGCUGGUGGACGCGGCGCAGCCCCUGCCCGCCCGGUUCCGGGCCCUCUUCACCCUGCGGAACUUGGGCGGCCGCGCGGCUGUGGAGUGGAUCAGCCGCGCCUUUGAAGACGGCUCGGCGCUACUGAAGCACGAGCUGGCCUUUUGCCUCGGCCAGAUGCAGGACGAGGCGGCCAUCCCGGUGCUCAUCCGCGUGCUGGAGGACACGGCCCAGGAGCCCAUGGUCAGGCACGAAGCAGGUGAAGCCCUGGGCGCUAUCGGGAACCCUGAUGUGCUGGAUAUCCUGAAACGCUAUUCCCAGGAUCCUGUGGUCGAGGUGGCAGAGACGUGUCAGCUGGCUGUGAGGAGGCUGCAGUGGCUGCAGAACAACAAGGAGAAGCCAGGCACCAGCCCGUACCUCUCUGUAGAUCCUGCUCCCCCCGCUGAGGAGACAGAUGUUGCCAAGCUCCGGGAGAUCCUCCUGGACGAGUCCCAGGAGCUCUUUGAUCGUUACCGGGCCAUGUUUGCCUUGCGGAACAUUGGGGGCCAGGCUGCUGUGCUGGCACUGGCAGAAGGGCUGCAUUGCGGCAGCGCGCUGUUCCGCCAUGAGAUCGGGUACGUGCUGGGGCAGCUGCAGGACGAGGCGUGCGUCCCUCAGCUGACGGCAGCGCUGCACAGCCGCACCGAGAGCCCCAUGGUGCGGCACGAGUGUGCUGAGGCGCUGGGCUCCAUCGCCCGGCCCUCCUGCCUGCGGGCCCUGCGCGCCUUCGCCAGCGACGAGGAGCGCGUGGUGCGCGAGAGCUGCCAGGUGGCCCUGGACAUGUACGAGUAUGAAAACGGCACCCAGUUCCAGUACGCCGAUGGGCUCUGCAAGCUGCAGGCCUCCUCCUGAGCCUGGACUGGGGGCACUGAGGUGGGUGUCCUGCCUCCCAGCCCUUCCUGCUGCCAACGGUGCUUUCACGGCCACCUCUGUCAGCACGGAUCUGUGCCUUGCCACGCAGAGCUGGAGGAGGGACUGGGUUUGCUCUCUGGCACAAUUACAACCACCUUUUGCCUCCAAAUCCAGGCUGAGCUGCUACUUGCCUCCCCAUCGCUCCUUGCCAGCCACUGUUUCCGGGAUCUGCCCUUUUUCCCUGCCAGGAUCAGCACUGCCUGCCUGCAGCAUGGCUUGGGGCUUGGACCAGGUGGGCUCUGCUUGGCACGUCAGAGCCUGCUCCAGCUCUGCAGGGCUUGGGCCUGCCCUGGGUUGGUGCUGCUAAGUCUGCAGCUCCAAUCUCCCCAGCUGAGUUUUGCUGGGAGCUAGAAUGGGCUUUGGGCACCCGCUCUUGUGGGCUAUGGUAUUAGGAUGCUUCAAAAUUGCUCUCAGUGCUGGCGCUGAGCCAGGGCCCUCCUCACCCCCACACUGGGUUUGGUUUCUCCUGUUGGGACAAGCUGGAGCUGAGCCUGUGGUAGCCUCUGCCUGAGGAUGGGGUUUGUUUCAUGACAAAGUUGGGAAAAUGGCUGGGUUUCUCCUGCAGGGAAGAAAAAAAGGGUUUUUUUCUGCUGCCAUGAGGGUGGGCAGGGUGAGACAGAGCUUGCCUGGGCCUUCCCCCAUGUUUAACCAGGGCCAGGAGGGCUGAGGCUGCUGCUGGCACCCAAAUCCCUCAGCCAGCCCGGCCUGGGCACUGGGGUUUCGUGUUUGGCAGGGAAUAAAGCACUGGCACAGGAAGCUGGAGUGAGUUGAGCUUUGAUUUACCUGUGCCCAGGUGUGGAGUACACCCAGUGUCAUGGGGUCAAGCCUUGGGCGGGAGCCUGGGGGCUGCCAAAAUGAAAUGAUUGAGGUUGGAAAGGACGUUUAAAAUCGAGUCCAGGCACGUUGGGAGGAGGAGGGAGUUGGGUCCCUGAUGGCAUGAAGUAAAACCCCCCAGCCCUGGGGAAGAGGAUGAACUGUCUGAGGUGCCCUAGUAGGUCCCACUGCCCUGCAGAGCCUGGCAUCCUGCUGGGCACACCUUUUCCCCUUGUCCAAGGGCUCCCUGUGAGUCACUCCCAGGCUCAAUCCUCUUAGUCCCUGAAGCCAGCUCAGCAUCCCCAGGGCUCUGAUGCUCAGACAGCCAAGGGCCAGCCUUGGCCAUGGCCCAGUCUGACCCAGUUCAGGACCCCAUGAAAAGGGCUCUUAGUCAAGAUGAGAUCAGUUUUGGUCACCUGUACACACUGAGAGUCAGUGACAUGUGCCUGAGUACUGUGGGUAGGGUCACCUGUGUAUGAUGUGGAGGGUGAUGGGCUCCAGACUGCAGUUCGCCGGUGCUAGGGAGAAACAUCUGAUGUUGUUUGGAGUCAGCAGGUGUUAUGGUUGCUUGCCGCUCUUCCCUCACUCUCUGUAGCCCCUGGGUGAUGGGCAGGACACAGAUGGCACUGGUGUGUCCAUGUCCAUAUCCAUCCCCAGGACACUGAGAUGGGUGAUUUCCCCCAGGCCAUGUUAUCAUGUCUGCUGUUCCCUUCUUGGCACAUGGGCUCCAGCACCCUGGAGUUUGCCAGGCUGUCCCCACUUAUCACCUUGGCUGCCCCCACCUUUGUUCUCCAGUUUUUCCACUGGAGAACUUACUCACUUGCAGGGUUGUUUCCCAAUCAUUCUGUGUCAACAUUUGUCUCUGCUCUCCCAAACACCUUUUAAGAUAAAAUUGAAACAAAAUGCAUAUCUGAUGCUGGGAUAUGAGCAGGGGUGACCUGGUGCAGCAGAGCUGGGAGGUGCUGGAGUGGAGCAGGGCUGAGCCUUGUUACUGAACCCCACCAGCACCUUUACCCCUCCCAGUCUAGCCUGUGCUGGGAAGGGUUUGGGGUUUCUCCAAAACUGCUGCUGGUCUGGGCUAAAGCCUACACCCUCUCAGUGUAGAGAGAAUUGCUUUUGCAGGGAGUAUGGACUCUGCACCCCUCUGUAGGCUGCUCUGCACUGGGGAGAUGAUACUGGCUGCUGGGGUGACACGUGGCAGCCAUCUGGGAAGGUGACAGCCUCUUGCCAUGGGCUGCUUCACUGUACAGCAGAGGGGACCCCGUGGGAGCCCCUGUGGCAGAGGCUGCAUCCCCAUCCCUUCUGCCCAUCGUGUUCUGCUCCGAGGGUGCUGUGUCCUCUGGGAUCUCAACCAUCUGCUACAGGGAUCCAGAGCCUGCUGAGCAAUUUAACCCAGCCCAGGGGAUGGAGGAAAGACCUUGGGCAUCCCUCCCCAUCCUUGUCUUUGGGGGUUCUCCAGCUGCAGGUGACUCCCCACUCCCUGGGGGGCAGAGGUAGCAGUGAUGCUGCCAUAGGGGCAGGAUUUGGGGACCCUAACCCACAUUGGAGCCUACUGGUCACCCCCCAUGCUGAGCCAGCUGGGCUGUGCCUGGAUUAGCAGGUGCUAAGCUCCUUCUCAGCAACACAGCUCUAUCGCCAGGUUAGUGGCACUGCCACCAGCCAUGGGGACACCACUGUCCUUGUGAGCUGCCAGCACUGAGGAGUUUUGUGGCCCCUGAUGCCACUUCCCUUAAGUCCCCUGCGUGGCAGAGGCUUUGGUGGCUCGGGCUGGGGUGCAGGGAUAGCUGGCCAUGGCCCUGGCAGGGGGUAUCCCUGGCACCAGGGGGGCAUGGGGGCCACGGCACUUGCUGCAGGCCCCCCCCGAGGAGGACGGGGUGUUGUAUGUGGACUACAAGCCCCCCGCCCUGGACAGCAUCCGCCUGCCCCGCUAUGUCCUGUACCUGAUGAUGGCGGCAACACUGGUGCUGGUGGUGGCAUAUGCCAUCGUGGGGCACCUCAUCAAGGACCUGGUGCACGACUUUGCUGACUGGGCAUUUGGGCCCAAGCUGGAGGAGAAGGAGGGGAUGGCUGAGGGCACUGUGCUGGAGGCAGAGUGGCUGGAGAAGGACAAGGUGCUGGUGGAGCAGAAGGCAGAGGAUGAAGGCAGCGACAUCCUGCACGGCACAGACAUCCCGCUGGGGUUGCUCAUUCCACGCAGCUCCAUCUCCUUUGCCGACUCCCCCAAGAAGAGGUUCUUCUAGGGCCAGGGGACACCCCUGCCCCCAGCAGGACCCUGUAGCCCUGCCUGACCAUUAGGUCACAGCAUGGUCCUGGCCAUAGGCCAGCACUGGCACACAGCCUCCCCCUCCCUGCCCAGCCCAAACACUGCUCUCAGGGCUCCUCUUGGACUGUCAUGCCAAUAAAGCCACCUGCCCCAGCCCUGCUCACCCCUUGGCCCAGCAUGGGGGGUGGCAGGGCUGGGACAUCCCAACCUUUUCCUGGAGCAGCAGCACCCCUUGGCACAGCCAUGCCACUCCUGGCACAUGGGUGUAUAAAAGCUUGGGGGUUCAAACCCAUGGUGUGGGGGCACAGCCCAUGGUGGCAGGGGGCAUGGACACAGGUGCACACAUACACAUGGAAAUAUGGAUACAGCCCUGGAUGGGUCAUAGCAUGGGCACAUAGGUAGGGACAGACAGAUUGACAGCUGGAUGCUGAGGCUGGCUGUGCCCCCACCACCCCCUCAGUCCCCUGGCACUGCCAGACCAUGCUCAGUGGCACCCACAGGUGGCCCCAAACCAGUCUUAGGAGACAAAGCACCCUGAAGCCUCGCUUAGGUUCUGGGUGGGGGAACUGAGGAUGGGGGCUAUUGUAUGGACAUGCACCCCCUGUCUUAAACCCAAUCUGAGGAUGGAUCCUUGCGCCUCCAGUCUCAUUUGCCCCUUGAGAAAUUGCCACAGGCAGGAUGGUCCUGCUAAAGUUUGCUGUCCUUCCCUGGGGUCCUGCUGGCCACCCUCUGCCUCAAUUUUCCUUGUGCCCUGGUGGGUGGACACCCUGCCAUGGUCUCCCUGAGCUAACCCAGUAUUUCACUCUUGACAGUAUGCGGUUGAGGAGAGAGUUGACUCUCUCCCUGAGGAUAUGAUGGGGUCCCACCUGGGAUUAUCUGGGGUCAGCUGGCUCAUGCCCAGGCUGGUGGCAGCCUGGCAUUAUCUACCCCUCCAUGCUGCCCCAUGCCCAUGGGAUCUGCCCCAGCCCUGACAGCAGGGAUAGGGGGAACCAGGCAGGGUGAGCACUUCUCCACCACAUCACCCAUCUGUUCUUCCACCUGUGCACCCACCCACCUGUCUGUCCCUCCCUCCAUCCAGCCACCUACCCUGGGGGUGGUUCCCGGUCAUGGGCACAGGACGGCUGUCCUUCGCCACUGUGGUCCCAGAGGUGGUGACCACUGGGUACUGUGGGGUGCCGGUGCCUGAGCCAGGGGAGUGGUACCACCUCCCAGGGGUGACAGGAGCAAUGUUGCCAUGGUGCUUGGUGCCAUUUUAUCUUGGGGCCAAUAAAGGCGCCCAUUGCCCUGGGUGCAGAGUGCAGGCACAAUAGCAGCACGGGACAGAAGCUCACCUUCAGAAGCAGGAUCCAGACGCACCCCAGCCUUCCACCCAAAAAUGCUAAAGCCCUUGCAGCCCCUCUCGCUCCUGGUCCUGCUCAUCCUCGCUGCCACUGCCCAGGGACAGGCUGGUAAGUGCCCCCAUGACCCUCUAUACCACUGUGCCCUCGGGUGCCUGGGGAUGUGGCCAGGGCCUCCCCAGGUAUAAGAUCAGCUCCUGGGAAACCUUUCCAGUGGGACCAGUCUGUCCCAAUGCUCCAACAGUAAUUUUUGGGGGCAGAGCAGAAAGAUGUGGAGAUAGCCACCUGCUACCCCAGUGCUCCCCACUGUGCUGGGGACAGGUGAGCUGUGUCAGGGGUGGCUUCCUUGGUACCCAAGGGAGAGUGGGAAGGGGGAAUAGCGAGUGUCUGCCAAUGUCCCAUCCCAUGGGGGGUCCCAUCUCAUGGGGGAGUCCAUUUCCUGAACCCCUGAAGCUGUUCCCACACCCAUCUUUCCCCUUCCCUGUCCCCUGGCCAUGCAGACACGGGCCCCAAGGUGCUGCAGCCAUGGCUCCUGGGCCUCACUGCUGUUGUCGUUUUCCUCUUCAUCGUCUUCGUGGUGCUGCUCGUUAACCGGCUCUGGAAUCUCAAGAGGCACAGGAAGGAGAACGACUACCCGGAGACCCUGGCGACUGACAGGCUGGAGCGCUCCGGCCACGUAAACCCGGCGGCUGAGGACUGCGAUGAGCUGAAGGACGACAAGCAGCAGAGCAAGGCCACGUCCCUCUGAGUUCUCCCCGCCCCGCUCUGCCCGCUCCGGAGCAGCUCCGACAGGCGCCUCACCCUCACCCCGUCCGUAGAUCCACGCCGGGUUUCGGCGACAGCCGUGGCCACCGUGGCACCUCCCGCCCCGCGGCCGCUCCGGCGGUGACCAAGACCCGGCGUGGAUCAGCCGCUCGCCGGAGCGGAGCGGGAAGGGCGGCGGCCGUUAAGGCAGCGGGGGCUCCCCGUGUUCCCCAGCCCUGGGCCGGCGGGGGAUCCCAGCCCGGGGGGAUGAGGACAGCCCCCUCCCCAGAUGUGCUCAGUGAAGCUUUCCUCAGCC